UCAUUGUCAUAUAUCAUUGUCAUAGAUGUCAUUGAUAUUAUUAUUCGUUUAAUCACACCUCUAUAUACUUCUCCCUGUAUUGUUUUUGGAGGAGUGUUUGAUUUAUUUCGAAGGUAAUGAUGUCCUAUAAGGAAAAUUGAACACCAGAAAGCAGUAAACAUGGCAGAAGGGGAAACUUCCGAUGACCUCCAGACCCUAAUUCGGCCAGAUGACUUAGAGGGCAUCACAGAGGAGUCGACGGGUAGCGCGGCAGCUCACUCCGCUCCCUCCCUCCUCCACGACCCCCCCCCGGCAUGGCAGCUUCCUGUACAGUGCGUGCUGUUGGUGCUCGUGACGACUGCGCUCGUGAUUAUUUUGCCGGUGUAUCUCGAGUCAGUUAACGAGGUGGGCGAUGCGUACUCAGCCCUUAUCUUCGCAGCCAUCUUCACUGCUCUUCCUGUGGUGUUAUUUGUGCAGAUCAGAUACAGUUACUUCUGCCAGUUCAUGCGUCUGGGUCCCUCCUCCCCCUCCGCCAUACUCAAAACGGGGAUGUUCCACGGAAUUUCUAGUCUCAUGAUUGUCUACGCUCUGGACAGAAAGCGAGUGGUGUGCCAUGCCCAAGAGCCCUUAAUGGGGCUUAUAGUCAUGUAUAUGAUUAUCAUUUAUUUCUUCUACAAAGGACCAGAGUUGAGUUCCCCAAAGAUGUUCUCCCUUUGUGGUGUCCUUGGCGGCCUCUUUCUGGCGAUGGACUUCCAGCUGAAUAACCUCUAUCGAUGCCAUGGUAGAUCCAGAAAAAAUCCUGAGGAUGAUGGGGGCCCGUGGAGUGCUCAGGCCCAUGCGCUGUGGACCAUUGUCUAUGCUGCGGCGCUUUUCCUCUUCACUUUAUCUUGGCUUCUCCUGGAGAGAGAGGUGAUUACUAAAAAGAGUGGCACAGGGGGCUUGAGCAUGGUGAGCACUGUCUCUGGGGGAAUGUCAGCCCCGGGAAGUGAUGCGGAAGCUCUCAUCUCCAGCCGGGGAGCUGUGGUGAGCACCCCCAUGCAGAACUCUUUGGAUGCCAAGUGGGGAAUUCAUCUCGUGUGGUUCACUUUGGCCUCCCUUUUCACCAUCAUGAUGCUCUUCUGGACCGAUUUCUUCACCGCUCUCGGAAAGGCUGGAUCACCCCAGGAAUUUGUGAAACUCACUUCUGGUGGACUGCGGUGUCACUUUCACUGGGGGGGAGAGUGCGGCCCAACGGCACUCUAUGGCUGGCUGUUUGUUGCCCUUCACCUGGCAUUCCUGGUGCUCUUGGGAAGGGUCUUAGCUGCCUCACAUUCCAUCAUUUAUGCUCUCUCUGUGACAUCCGUUGCCUUGCCCGUCCAAGCACUCUGGUGGUCUAUGUUCCGCAUUGGAGGCCCACUUGGGAUGGAGUGGUAUCCACAGGAGUCUGGGGAAGUCAUUUUCAGCCUCCUGGGUUUGCCCAUAAUGAUCGCCUGCUUGUGCUACUGGAGUCACGUGGAGAAACGCGAGAAGCAGAGGUCCAACAACUUCCCCCUCACUGCGGCAUCAUAAGGCCGGCAGCAGGAAUUUCAGCAGCUGUCCUUAGAGUGCGAGUGGGUGUUUGUGUUAGAAACGUAGAAAGCUGGUGAUGCGUAUGUCAGACUAUGGCAUGGUAUAGGAAUUGUGACUAAAUCAGCAAAGGUAUGAAUAAUUGUCUUGAGUAUUGCAGGCAGGUGAAUGGAAAACAAUUUAAUUAGGAAGUUGAUCAGAAUGCAAAAGUAGUAUCAGGUUAGAAGAAAUUCAUAAAAAAAAAAAAAAUGUUCCUGUAUUCUCCACCCCAUAAGCACGCCAAACAAAUCCCGGUUUUGCAUGUGAUAACGGGUCAGAUAUAUUAUUCUGAUUUGCCAUUGAUUUGAAUGUCUUAUGGGCAUUUAACAGUAGUCAGGAGUAGUCUGAAUCUGGUUUGUUUUUUAUACGAGAUGUAUGAAUCUGUCUUCUAAUUGUCGAGCAGAAUGGUUUGCAUAUUAUGUCGUGUUCUUUUAUGUAUCUGCUUGAGUGCUGUGCCAAGCUUUAAAUAUCAAAAUUAAGGAGGACAGAUGUUAUACAAGUUAUAUACUGUCAUAGAUCUUAAUGCAUUAUAUAUUUUUUGUGAGAAAUGUGUGCUGUCUCACUCAUUUGGUUUUAAAAUUGCUUAUAAUGAGAAUUAUAUAGAUAAAUAUUUAAGCUCUGAAGGCUGAACCAAGAAUUUGGAGGUAUAACUAUCUUUAUUCUGGUAAUGUUCAGUUGUAAUUGAGGAUAAUUUAUGAAAUAAUGUUUUUCUUUCUUGAGUGUUAAUUAUGAAAAUUAUAUUUCCAAAGAGUGAAUUUAGGGAACCAAUGUGGUAAAGAUAUUUAAGAAUAGAUAUAGGUAUGUAAAAGGAGUGUGUAUUUAGAUGAGAAAUAUUCCAAGAAGUUCUGCCAUGGAAACUGUACUAUAUUUUCAAUGGUUCAUUUUAUAUUUGCAACCGAAUUCAGCAGGGAUAUACUCCAGUAUAUUCUCACAUUGUGUUGGAAUGGAUUUCUAAAUUCAACACUGAAAUUUAUAUGGAGCUUUAAAAGAAUAUCCGCUGUUGCCAUGCCUUAAGGAAAAAAAUUAAAAGAAAGAUUUAUGCUUUGCUUUAUAUUUUGAAACACUGGAUAAGUAAUAAAGGUGAUUUUCAUGGCUAUAUUAUAAUGAGAAUGCAUAUUCCAAUGCGUGUCUUCCUCAGAAAUACACAUUUAAAAAUAAGAAUCCCUUCUUGUUAUAUGUUCAAUAUGAAUUAUUAUUUUCAUUGGUCAUUAAAUAUGUUAAGUAAUGAUGUUAAAUAGGACUCGGCAAUUCAGUGAAACAAAUUUAUUAUUAUUGGGGAAAAUUUCUUAAAGAACACUCUUGUGCAUAGUAUAGAGCUUGAUAUUUUGGCUUAAUAGUAUAUAUUCAUAUUUUGCUAUGUUAUAUGUAUAUUGAAUAUUGUAUGUUCAUGAUAUAGCACAAUUAAAAAUAAUGAUAUGAAGAUGGCAAUGAAAUUAGUAAAUCAUGUAAUUUAGAUUACCGAAGCAGCUGUAGUUACAUAACUGAUAUACAGCAUGGGCAGGCCAGUUUUUCCACUUGUGUUGUUUAAAGAUCUGAACCUUAAACUAAGCUUAAGAUAUUUUUUUGUGAAUGGAGGGUGGGUUAAUCUCUUCUGUUAUUUAUUCAUAGAAGAAAAAUAAAACAUCUUAUGUUAAGACUGCAAAAGAAGAAGAAGAAGAAGAAGAAGAAGAAGAAGAAGAAGAAGAAGAAGAAGAAGAAGAAGAAGAAGAAGAAGAAGAAGAAGAAGAAGAAGAAGAAGAAGAAGAUAAAGAAAAA